UACAAAUGCUGAACGGAAGGAGUCCAUGUUAUUGUUGAGAAAAUCAUAUUCGCCUUCAAGCAAGGUUUCUCCGUUUUCGUUGCAACAGAGAAGACAUGUCGUACAAGAAGUAGAGGGUAAAGGAAGAGGUGUUUUUGCCAAAAUAGACUUUGCAAGAGGACAAUUUGUGUGUGAAUAUGCUGGUGAACUUAUUAACUAUGAAACUGCAAAGGAACGAGAGAAAUUCUAUGAAGGAAAGACAGAAUUUGGAUGUUAUAUGUAUUAUUUCAACUUCAAGGACAAAAAGUACUGUGUUGAUGCCACGAAAGAAAGCGGCAGACUGGGUCGGCUUUUGAAUCACAGCAGAACGGAAGCCAAUUGUGUAACAAGGUUGGUGUCAAUCAAAGACAGACCUUACCUAAUACUGGAAACAAACAGAGACGUCAAAGUGGGAGAAGAACUUCUCUACGAUUAUGGAGAAAGAAGCAAAGACAUCCUUCAAUUUCAUCAGUGGUUAAAGAGCUAGUGUAGAUAUUCUUAGUAGGAUACAAGAUCUCUUCGCCGUCAUGUAAACUCACUGGCAAGCAACUCGCCGACACUAAUGGCCAACUCGUCAGCUCGCUAACCCUAACCAACGUUUUGUCAAUUAAAAAAUUUCUUGUAGUCUAAAGUAUUUAUUGUUGUGUUUGUAUCGGCUAGUUUUCAUUCGAAACUGUUAACUUUGUUAUAAAAGGCCCCGAUUUAACCUUGUUUUCAAUGAGGAACUGACUAAGUGGUGUCGGCGAGGUGACCAAUGGUGUCGGCGAGCUGACCAAUGGUGUCGGCGGGUUGGCAUAUCGGCAAAGUGACCAGUAACCCUGGAUAGUCUGGUGACUGAAGAACUGACUCAAAUUCUGUGUUGCGAUCAGCCUUAUCGCUACGAAUGGACUGGAUGCCAGUUGCCAUUCGCUUUUUCUACAGAUCGUCAAACUGGAUUACAUUUGAAGUAUGCUCCUCAUCCUAAAAUAUCUCAUUUACACCUUGGGAAGCUGCUACAAUCUUUAACCAAUUUCAUUGGUCUCUUUAUGAUAACGAUUUCUGUGAAAUUAUUUAAAAUUUUUUCGUAUCGAGUUUACUUGAUUUGUAAUGAUUUUUGUUUUCAAAAGCGUCUUUUUUUCGUCAGGGAAUAAAAGGGGAUGACCUCUUUA